GUUGCUCCACUGCAACUCAAGCCCCAAGGAGCCGUGGAGGACAUAUCUUGUGCCUUUUGAGUGAGAAGCCAUGACAAAACCCUUGUGGCUCUCCAUCUUCCUCCUCCUCCUCAUUCCAGUCGCCCUGGUAGUUGAUGUAGAUCAAUCCAAGAAUGAAGUGAAGAUGUUGAGGUACUUUGAAUCCAUCAAUACCUCGAAUGCCAACGUGAGGCAGUGUGUGUGGUUUGCCAUGAAAGAAUACAACAGGGAAAGCAAGGACAAGUAUGUCUUCCUCGUGGACAAGACACUGCACGCCAAGCUUCAGAUCACAGACCGCAUGGAAUACCUCAUUGACGUUCAGAUCUCCCGCAGCAAUUGCAAAAAACCUUUGAACAAUACUGAAAACUGCUUCACUCAAAAAAACUCCAAACUGGAAAAGAGCGUGAACUGCAGCUUUCUGGUAGGAGCGCUUCCCUGGAACGGCGAGUUCACCCUGUUGAACAAAGAAUGUAAAGAAGUGUGAAGGUGUCUUGUGGCAUCC